AGAAAAUAACCCCUAAAUGAAAUAGUGCUAUCACUUAGUCAUUAUGCCUAUUUGAAGUCACCUGUUGACGGGGGAAAAAUACGCAUGGUGUGGUUUCCUGGUUUCAAAUACAUUUCUGACGUAGAGACGUCUGCUGCAUUGCAUAGGGUGCAAGGCUACACCACAGUGUGAAGCUUCUAAUUCAAACGCACAGUGAGGGCAGCGAAGACGAAGGAGGAGUUGAACACAAGCUCCCAGCAAAAACUUCCCUUGUCAAUGUCUAUGUGGGCCUCGCGGUGUGCAGCACGUCUGGGACAGAAACACUUCGGAUUGUAAAAAUAAACUAAAGUUUGUGACUAACUAAAGAGAGGAGCAUGUACAUUCAAACAUGGAGACAUUCGUUUGAGCUGUUAUUCAAGUGUGUAACGGUUAGUUAAAAUAAUGGAAAUUGGGGAAGUAUGGUUUUGCGUGUUAUUGAACGACUUGGAGAGCGCGCACCUACGGAAAGGGUAACCACAUGCAAACGGAUUGGGAGAGGAGGACACUGGUGAAGAAGUGACUAUUUAAUUCCACAAAGAAAUUGUGAGAGAAUUGUGACAGGUAUGAAUAACGGCACGAUAAAAGAUGGGCCCCGAGAGCCCACUAUUCCGGUGAUUAUGUUUAUUUUAGGAGUGGUGGGGAAUGUCAUCGCCAUCGUGGUGCUCCGAAAGUCUCGGAAAGAACAGAAGGAGACCACCUUCUACACGCUGGUGUGCGGGCUUGCAGUGACCGACCUUUUGGGCACGCUGCUGGCCAGCCCCGUCACCAUCGCCACCCGUGUGCAAGGGAAGUGGCCGGGAGGAGAGUCACUGUGUCAGUACUCCGGCUUCAUCCUUCUCUUCUUUUUUCUGGUCGGUCUCAGCAUUAUCUGUGCCAUGUCCAUAGAGAGAUACUUGGCCAUAAAUCAUGCAUAUUUCUACAACCAUUACGUGGACCAAAGACUUGCUGCUUUGACGCUUGCGGGAAUCUACAUCUCCAACGUGCUGUUCUGCGCGCUGCCUGCCAUGGGACUCGGUAAGGUGAAAAAGCAGUUCCCAGAGACCUGGUGCUUCAUCGACUGGCGGACUAACGACUCCACGCACGCCGCCUUCUCCUAUAUGUAUGCCGGGGUGAGCUCUUUCCUCAUCCUCACCACGGUCAUAUGCAACGUGCUGGUGUGCGGGGCGCUGAUUAUGAUGCACAAGCGGUUCAUCCGCAGGACAUCGCUGGGUACGGAACAGGGAGGUCGCAUAGCUGUCCUCAGGCGCAGACGGAGCUUCCAACGCAUGGCCGGCGCAGAGAUCCAGAUGGUCAUUCUGCUCAUCGCUACCUCCGUGGUGGUUCUCAUCUGCUCCAUACCUUUAGUGCUGCGGGUGUUUGUGAACCAGCUGUCUAUGGUUGCGUUCGACGCCCAUUCAACUCCCCUGGAGAAGAACCCAGAUCUCCACGCCAUCCGCAUUGCCUCCAUCAACCCUAUCCUGGAUCCCUGGAUCUACAUCCUGCUGAGGAAGACUGUCCUGCUGAAGCUGGUGGAGAAGAUCAAGUGUCUGUUCUGCCGUAUGGGCUGCCGGGGGCGGGGCUCAGGGGUCAGGGGUCAAUUUCGCUGCGGAGGUGAAGGUCAUCCGAAUUCGUCCAUCGUAUCCCGGGAUUCGCCAUCGAUGGUGUCCCGCGAGCUGAGGGAGGUCAUCAGUACUUCACAGACGUUUCUUUAUUUGCCGGAGGGGACCGGGGGGGGGUCUAGAGGGACAGGGACAGGGGGAGAGGGAAGUCCCAGCCCCCCGGCUGUGGAGUGCUCCCUGCUACAGGACCAACAGACACCAGGGGGGAAGGGGAUGCAAAAUGAUUCCAAAAAGGGCACUUUAGGCCCCAGUAUAUCAAUGAGGACAGAUGGGACAGUUGAUCCUUCACCUCUGAACAGGGUGCCAUCGGUCAGAAAAGACAAGACUCUACAUGUGACGUUUACAGACGAGACACUGAACUUACAGGAGAAAUGCAUCUGACGGACACAAACUUAGCUAGAGUGGCGGAUAACACAGAAAAGUCACAGAGGGGAAAAAGGACGUCUAAUAGCCUAAAAGGUUGGGACUUCUGAAGGGUUAAACUCAUAAGGAAAAUGUUUCCCUGUGUCAUGUUUGUACUCUUAUAAAAACAACUACAUGAAGCAAAUAAGCUCCUAGCUGAAGCAUGAUGUCAUGUUUAGGGUUCAGUCAAAAUGUCACAUGGUGCCAAUGUGGAUUGUAUGAGAUUGGAUCUAUUUACAUAGAUCAUAUAUUGGAUCUAUUAUAUAUGUCACAUUCUUAUUACAAGAAUACCAAUAUAAUAUACAUAUACCAGCACACACAUCAGUAAUGAACAUAAAAUGUAAUUUCACCUUUAUAAAGACAAUAAGGAGAUUUCAUUGAACUUUUCAAAAACUCAAACCCACUGAAAGGCACUGAAUGCUACCAUGCUAUCAUAGUGCUAUCUGAGAUCCUUGGGACGUCCCCACCCCCUAAACCCUAACUAAACCAGAACAUUUACCUAAUCAUGACCGUAACAUUUUAAACAUUUUAAACUACAAAGGGGUAGGGACAUCCCAACAAUCCCAGAUAGCGAGGACCACUACUUACCACUGGCCUCCACCAAUACAAUUGUUGUGAUACACUGUAUAAUCCUGAGGCUACAAUGUGAAUUGUGUCCCAUAACAUCAAUUUAUUUCAGAAAGAAAAAAUACAUGUUUCUUCUCUGUGAGAAGGUCUAGCUAGUUUGUAUCCAUGUCAAAUUGCUACAUAAUGGAUUGAAAUUGUAUGUUAAAUUUCAACAUUUGUAUCAUAUUGGUUGACUUGGCAGUUUCAAAACAAUGCCUGAAGUAUAAAAAUACAGCAAAACUAUUGAGCAUAUAAUCCCAUGCAAAAGACCCAAAACAACAAAAACAAACAAAAGACCCAUUCUAGUCCAUAAGAUCCAUUCUAGUCCAUAAAUCCUUAGAGACAGAUCAUAGUCCCUGUGCUUUGACCAACUGAUCCUGUGAUGAAGAGGGUGUGUCGCCUGACCCCGCCUCCACAGGUACCUCCCUAGAAUUCCCCUCAGCGUCGACAACCACGACUGUUCUCUUCAGUUCCUCAAAGCGUCUCUGUCUCUCAGCUACGGCAGCGCAGGCCACCACCACCUCGUUUGACUCAAAGUUGUUGUCCUGCUGGAGCUCUGGAGGGUUCAGGACAUCCCGUUGGGCCUCCUCCUCCCACUGGGUCUGGUUCUGGGCCGUCAGUCUCUGCUGUAGCAGCCGCCGCGCCCACGCCAGGUCAUCCGACCGGAGGGGGCGCUCUGACGGACACAGGUGGACCGCUACCUGGAAGGACCUCACCGCCUGUUGACAGGAGGAAGACCUUUGUGCUAUUUUCCUUUCUGUUAACAUCUUUUUAUUGAUUUAAGAUUAACACAAAUGACUGGUAAUGAAGGACAAUAAUUGUUGUGGGGAAGAUGAAGUAUAAAAAUCCAGCAAGACUAUUGAGCAUAUAAUUCCAUGCAUUUCACUCUGUUACUUGUACUGAGCUUGUACAGAUAGGAUCUUCAUUUGACCUGUAUUGUCGCAGCAAAAUAAUCCUGCAGCAACAGGAUUUGGACGUUUAGUCCAUAAUGUUGCCUAAUCGAUGGUUAGGCUAUUAGUUGGUCAAAAUGAGGCUACAUGAAAAGUGGAAUAUUAUUAAUAUAACCAUGUGUUAGUGUGCGUGUUCAGUGAAUUGAUGUAAAUCACAAAGAUUCUAUGCAUUUCCUGCGGCGCAAAAGAGUGAUCAAAUUAAGGUCCUACAGCUUGUAUGAUUGAAAUAACAAAGGGGAUUUACAUUGCUGUUGUCUUUUGUUCAAAUGACACUUUAUUGGUGCAUGGCAUUACUUUCCCCCAAUUAAAUGAUAUCAGUGAACUGAAAUGUGCUUUUGGAUGGUUUGCUUUUAAUGUGGCUAAAGAAAAGAGAUACAGUAUGUUUCUAAGUUUAAAAUAUUAAAUUAAGGAUUUCAAAGUUUAAAAUGAACCAGCUCACACAAGUCUAUCUAUCUGUUCAGACACCGAGCAACAUUACGAUAUUGCACUCCUAUGAUUGCACCCCCUCACGACAAAUUUGACUGACAUCUCAUUACUACUAGGCUAACCAAACAUUGCAUCAAGCUACUAUAUGGCCAUGAGAAGUACGCUAGAUUGAAACUCUGGCUGCCCCUCGACACCUCCAUGUUUCUAGUCCUGUCCACACUCCUUCUGAAGUAGAGAAACUCCCUCAGGGCUUGAUGGUGAAGGAGGGUCAUAUUGGACUGUGCAAAAUACAAUCAACCCGAACCAGCCUUUUACUGAUGACCUAAACUCACAACAACUUUGACUGACAUUAUUAUCAAUAAGCAGUAUUUGCAUAAGCAGAGCUCGAUGGGGAAGGUCGUAAGCAGGCCACAGGAAAACACAUGCAGCCAACCUGACCCAGUCUUUACGACUGACCUGGUAACCUGACUACCUGAUCAAAGCCUCUAAACAAAUAAGUUAUCGAUCAGUCCAGCCCACUGAUGGCACUAAAAAUAAACAUAAAUACUGAUUACAGGAUUGAUCUGACGGAGGCUACAGAUCAUUGAUCAAUAACAGUCACCAUCCUUCAUCCUUAUGUGGUUCAUCAGGUCAGUCGUAAAGACUGGCUUUGCUGCAUUUUAUUCAGAAGGAAGCAGCAUUUUCAGAUGUUUUACAGUUAAUAUGCCUAUAAUCAAUAAUAAAGAAAUGUAAUUUCUCAACUACAGCACCUUUAUGACAAAACAUGUGAGGGUGGCAAAUUAUUUACACUUUAAAUUAUGUAUAACAUAGGCUUUUGUACUGUACAUCCACUAGUUAAUAUUUGUAGCAUAGCAAGUUUUGUUCAAUCUUUUCCAUGACUUAUGCUGGGGGAGUGAAUACAAUAGUGAAAAUAUAGCAUAUAGCAAAUAAAAGGCCAAUUCAAUUUGUAAUGUUACUUGUAACCAAUUGAUUUAUUUUCAAUUGACACAUUACAGGUAAAACAGAUCCAUUUUCUCAUUAUUUACAGAACAAAGUAUUACUACAUCAGCUGGGUCAGUUAUAGAAACAUCAAUAUAACUCACAUUAUACAUGAGCAUUCUCCUGGUCUAAACAGUUGUUCCCUCUCCCACUAUUUGUUUACAGCUCCUAUCGUCCCCCACAUUACCAGUGAAUGAACUCAGUCGUAUAAAAUUAAUUAUUGUUACCAACACAUUCAGGCCCCAUUUUGAGACGCUACCACAAUCUUAUGCUCCAGACUUGUUUUGAGAAUUUUUGUGCCAGGUGUUUAAAUGAUUUGAAUGGCUUUGGCAACAUCACCAGAUGUUUGCACUGUAAACACAACACGUACCCUCAGUGUGGUUAACUUGUUGAGAGAACCAGGUCUGCUUUUACCCAUAGUUGCUGCUUUUUUGCCUACUUCCAUCGUAGUGAUGAUGACCAAAACACAUAUCCUACCAAAUACCAGUUACAAUGAUAUAGGCACUGUUUGUAGUUCUUUACCAAUAACAAUUAAUUGUCUAAUGAUUUCGAUUGACAAAAUGUUCCUGACGUGUAAUGCCCUAUUUAAAUCCUAAAGCAUCCCCGGACGUUCAUGUUCUAGAACGAGGCCAGUUCCCUCUGUCAGAAAACUCAUUUUAACACUGUACUACUAGGAAAUAUAUUUGAGAGAUACCGAUGACAAAAUGGUCUUAAUAUGAUUUUAAUAAAGACGAGGAGGAUACAUGAAUCCUCUCAAAAACCUG